UCGCCGCGCGUGGGUCCCAGAGGCUUCUGGGUAGCGGUUUACCCCCGCCCCUUGCGUCGGCGUCUUCCUUUUCCUCCCUGUCGCCGCCGAGGUCGCACGCGUGAGGCCUCUCCGCCGCCGCCGCGAUGCGCUACGUCGCCUCCUACCUGCUGGCCGCCCUCGGGGGCAACCCUUCCCCGAGCGCCAAGGACAUCAAGAAGAUCCUGGACAGCGUCGGCAUCGAGGCGGACGACGACCGGCUCAACAAGCUGUGCGAUUGUCUUCUCCAGGUUAUCAGCGAGCUGAACGGAAAGAACAUUGAGGACGUGAUUGCCCAGGGUAUUGGCAAGCUUGCCAGUGUACCUGCCGGUGGGGCUGUGACCAUCUCUGCUGCCCCAGGCUCUGCAGCUCCUGCUGCUGGUUCCGCCCCCGCUGCCGAGGAGAAGAAAGAUGAAAAGAAGGAGGAAUCUGAAGAGUCAGAUGAUGACAUGGGAUUUGGCCUCUUUGAUUAAACUCCUGUUCCCCUGCAAAUAAAGCCUUUUUACACAUCU